AUGAAACCUAGUGAAAAAUUAGAAAUUCGAGGAUACAUAAAAGUGCGGUGUAGUCUAGGAAUUACUGCCGAGAAGAUUCUGAAUGAAGUGCAUAGUCACUUUGGAAUCAAUAGUGUAUCGAAGAGCACUGUGUACAGGUGGUUCAAAGCAUUCACCAAUGGAUUGGAUAAUGUCAAAGACAGGAACCGUUCUGGCAGACCUCAGACAGCAAUCACUUCCAGAAACAUUGCUGCUGUGAAAAAUCUAAUAGAAGAUGAUGCUCGGUACACGGUACGCGAGAUAGCUUAUUAUCUGAACUUAUCAACGGGUACCAUUCAGACCAUUCUGACGAAGGAAUUGAAUUUAAGAAAAGUUUGUGCCAGAUGGGUACCCCAUCUCCUGACCGAGAAUCAGAAAAGGGAAAGAGUGCGUCUUGCGAAAGAAACAUUGAAAAAAUUCAAAAAUCUCGAUUCAAGGAAAAUAAAUGAACUGAUUACGGGAGACGAAACAUGGAUCUACUAUUUUGAGCCCCAGAGACGCAUAAACAACAAGCAAUGGCUCUGCAAGAACCAGGCUAGACCCAUCAUUGCUAAAAGGACUAAGAGCGCAAAAAAGUGA